AUGUCAACAACACCCUCGCCGUCGAAACGCGCUCGGCUGCCGACGUCCAACAUCCCGUCAGCGACGGCGUCGCCGUUCGCCGGCAGCUCGGCGGCGCGCUUCACGGGUCCGCGCUCCGUCGGUCCCACGGGCACCUCGGCCGUGGGGAUGGGCAUGAGUCCUUCGGACGCCUUCACCCCCGGCGAUGGAUACGGCAUGUCGGGGCUCACACCGUUCAGCACCACGUCUCCCGCAUAUGCAGCUGGCGCAGCGGGGUCGCCCCUCAGCACCGCACUCGCCCACGGAUCGCGCGUCCUUUCCGGCAUCCAGGCCGGUUCGCCCUUCCAGAACCAGUACACCGCAGGUCCCACACCCAUGAUCCCCCAGAUGCAGUACUCCAGAUAUCCCAGCCAGCAGGGUGUCCCGUGGAACGCACAGUAUGCGUAUCCGGUCAUCAUGCAGCAGCCAGUGCCAGCGGCGAAACCACAAGCGCCCCAGUAUGGAUCGCCAGAAUACUUGAAGAUGAGCCUGCACCACUUGACGGCGGUCCUGCUGCCCAAACUCGAGGCUGAGGAACAGGCGUAUUUCGAUGCAGUAGACGCAUCCUUGGCAGUGACCGCAGAUACGCGCACCGUAGCACAAAAAGCAGCCGCGUUCCAGGCCGCCCUCGACGCCGUGCUGACAUACUUGGACGAAAAGGGCCUCGCCAGCAUCCCGCUUCUUCCACCUGCUUCGAGCACCGACCCCGACCCCGCCUCUUCAUCCGACGCACCAACAGACGCCCCAUCCGAACCAACCGCAUCCUCUGAUCCCAAUCCGGACACCCUAGCUCUGCAACUCACCACUCUCCAACAGCACGCCAAAGACCUCUUCUCGCGCCGGCAGCGGCUCAAAGAUUCCGCCUCGAUCGUAACCGGCAUCCUGGACGCCUAG